CAUGCACGUCUACUUCAGCGUGGAUCAGCGCCUUCACGGCGUCGGCCCCGUCAAGUACGCAUGGGAUCCGACUGGAAACUUCCUCGCGUCCACGGGAAGCUCCCGCGUGGUGCAUAUCUUUGACCGACGCGGGGAGCUCGUGGAUCAAAUCGUACCGCCGUCACCAUCGAUCUGCACACAUGUGGUAUGGAGCAAUUCUCGUGACCACAAAGUUCAUGGGCUGACCUUGGCGGUGACACAAGCAAAUUCGUCAGUGCUGGUGCUGUGGUCCGCGUCAACGCAGACGACGCAGCACGUGGACGUCGGCGUGAAGGAGAUCACGCUGCUUCUGUGGAACAAGGGGAAGAGCACAACGAUGGAAGGCGGCGAAGACAACAGCGUGCUACUGGCCAUCGGGACGUCAAAGGGCCAAGUGGUGUUUUACGACAUGGACGACCUGGCAGCGCGUGCGCCGUCGCAGCAGCGUGUGAACGUUCGAACAGCGCUGAGCAAACACAAGAAGAAGAUUUUGUGUGGCGAUUGGAACUCCCAGAACGAGUUCGCGUUUGGAAGCGAGGAUCGGCAGGUGUCGAUCUGUUACGGCAAGGACGGGUCCGUCGUGGACCAAGUCAAGAUCAAGGCGGCACCCGUGGGCAUCCAGUUUGGAGGGCGGCAGUCCAGUGGCGUGAAGCGCAUCGUGAGCGUUAACAUGGGCCGCGAGACCAUCUUGCUCUACGACCUAAACGAGAAAGAUAACGCGCUGGAGCUAGCAUUCCAAGCGCGUUACGGCGACAUUGUCGACUAUCGGUGGUUCGGCGCCGGGUACAUCAUUGCGGGAUUCUCCGUCGGGUAUGUCGUUGUCAUUUCCACGCGUAAGUUUUGUCGUAAACGUGGGGAGAUGGACUUUGUUGCCUCGAUGGGUAGACAUGAACGAGAUCGGGCAAGAGCAGUACUGCGCCAAGUUCCACGACAACUGGUUGCACGCAAUCUGCUACAACGAAAUCAACGGCAUGGUCGCAACGUGCGGGGACGCAUGCAUCAAGGUCGUGCGCAUGGUCGAUUGGAAGGAAAUUGCGGUGGAGAGUUUACAUCGCGACGCGGCAGCAUUUGACGACUUGAAUUGGACAGCCGAUGGUCGGUUGCUCAGCGUGAGCUGUCAAAACGGAUGGCUGCACCAUUUUAAACUCGUGCACAUGGAACAGGCGUGCGCGGCCUUGGACCAUGCGGCGCUACCGUCGACGGCCCACUUGGUUGCCGCCAUCCUCACCCCGUUCACCCCCCCUAUUCUCGUACUCACUGUGUUGUCCAUGGUCGGGUGCAUCACGUUCGCUAUGUCGUGGUCGUUGGACGUCCCCAUAUGGCAGCUAUUGCAAGCAAUGGUCGGGUUGGGAGUUCGACUGUAAUUCCAACAAGCACAAAUGUGGAACUUGCUGCUUUCAAUGACGAGUAUUGAGCGAGCGUCAAUGGUACAUAGCGCAUCG